UGGGAAGAAGCUCAAUCUUAAUCAGAUUGGAGCAACUGUCCCAGCUACUGUUCCAGCUAUAGUUCCUGGAGCUUCAGCAUCCACAAGUGGAGCAUCAAGUGUUGCAGGAAGCGUUAACACACCUUUGCGAGUUGCUGGUACUACAGGUAAUCAAAUGAUGCAAGUUCCUUCUGGAAUGCAGCUCAUGCAGAUUCCAACUCAAGGUGGCGUCACUGUUACUGUCCCUUAUUCUAUGAAUGCUAACGGUGAGAUUGCGUUCAGUGGAAUGCAGCUCAGCCGACAAGGCUUCAGUGGUGCUCAAGUGCGCCAAAGAUUCGAUGCAACUCAAGCUCGAACUCCACAUGCUGUGAAAACUGGAUAUUUUGAUACGUCAAAUGAGACUGACAAUGAUGUCUAUCUUAUUCCAUGUCCUGCUGGUAUGACAAAUGUCAAACUUCAAGCCGACUGGCACUAUGCUAGUGAAGAUGAAGAUUUGCCUGAUCUUGCUACUGAAGCAGAUCAAGGUCUGCAAUUGCCGUUAACGGCUGUCAUGGCCAUUUACCAGUACCGCAGAAAGGAAAGAGAUCUAUUUGGGUUGUAUGAUCAUGUCAUCAUGGACAGUGGUUGUACAAUCACCACCAUUUGUGAUGGUGAGCUUAUGCAUGGACUCCGUCAUGCUGAGAAAGAACUUGACAUGCACACUAACGUGGGCAGCAGAGUUCUCGACAAAGAAGGUUUUCUACAAAGAUUUGCACCUCCAGUUUAUCACGAUGAAGAUGGAAUUGCCAAUGUACUUGCUAUGCGCGAGAUGAUUGCCGCGGGAUACCGCAUUACUAUGGAUACUGAUGCUGACAAUGCUUUUAUUGUGCAUUGUGAUGGAAACAGAAAGAUGCGAUUUGUUAAUCGUAAGGGUGUGAAUGUGUUGGAGCAACUUGGAGCAAAUAUCGAACCAGGUGCCAAAGAGACAAGUGUGAUGUACCGUCGCCAGUUAAGCAACUUAAAUAAUCAACCCCAUUUCGAAUUUUCUUCAAACAAACAGAAUGGAUAUGCUGGACUCGAGAUGACCUCCAAGAUGGCAACCGCUCAAAAGAACAAGGAAGGAUUGAUUCACUCCAAGACAAGUCAAGGCUGCGAUGGAAGCGAGAAGUGCGAUGCACAUACUCAAUGCUCCAAGCACCAAAAGUCUGAAGUAUGCGAUCCGAUCUGGUCUCAUCAAGAACUGUCCUAUCACUGA